GUCCCGCCCGUUCGUGCCGUCUUGGAGCUUCGUCAUCACUCCCAGAUCGAUCUCCUUCGCGUCCGAUUGAAGCUAGGCCUCUCCGCUCAUCUGUUAGUGCGAGCGUUCUCUUCGAUUGCAUCCGCUCUCUCGUUACCGCUUCCUUCGUCUCUCUCUAGCGGGCAGAGCGGUCGCCGCCGCUACUGAUCUCUCGCCCUCGCCGUCGCCGUCGCCCUCGCCCUCGCCGAACUAAUCUCUCGGCGAUCGCCUUCGCAUCUGCUUCCAAGUAAGUCAAUCGAUUCCUUCUUUCGGGGCUGGCAACUCGCACGCGAGGACGAGGGUACUGGUGCCGGUUCCGUGCAGGAACCUCAAACGCUGGAAUUCUGUGAUAGAUUAGAUAGUAACGCAUAUGGCGAGCUUUGGUAGCUUGGGUGUUGCUGCAGCUGGAAAUGCAAACCCUAACAAGUCUAUGGAGGUUGUUCCUGCUCCAAGUGACUCCGUUUCUAGCCUUAGUUUCAGCCCAAAGGGAAAUUACCUUGUUGCCACAUCCUGGGAUAAUCAGGUUAGGUGCUGGGAAAUUUUGGCCGGUAGUAGUCAACCAAAAGCUUCAAUAUCACAUGAUCAUCCGGUUUUGUGCUCUACUUGGAAGGAUGAUGGGACAACAGUUUUUUCAGGAGGCUGUGAUAAAAUAGUAAAGAUGUGGCCUUUGAUGUCUGGUGGACAACCUACAACUGUUGCUGCACAUGAUGCACCGAUUAAAGAUAUUGCCUGGAUACAACAAAUGAAUCUCCUGGUUACAGGGAGCUGGGACAAGACACUCAGGUACUGGGAUACUCGACAAGCGCAGCCUGUCCAUAGUCAGCAGCUUCCUGAACGAUGCUAUUCUCUGUCAGUGCAGUACCCUUUGAUGGUUGUUGGCACUGCAGAUCGACAGAUUCAAAUUUUUAACUUGCAAAACCCUCAGACAGUGUUCAAGACAAUCACAUCGCCUUUGAAGUACCAGACAAGAUGCCUUUCUGCAUUCCCUGAUCAGCAAGGGUUUCUGGUGGGAUCAAUAGAAGGGAGAGUUGGCGUGCACCAUCUUGACGAUGCACAACAAAGCAAAAAUUUCACAUUCAAGUGCCACAGAGAAGGCAACGAAAUAUAUUCUGUGAACUCAAUGAACUUCCAUCCUGUUCAUCAUACAUUUGCCACUGCUGGGUCUGAUGGCGCAUUUAAUUUCUGGGACAAGGACAGCAAACAAAGACUGAAGGCAAUGAGUAGGUGCCCAUAUCCCAUUCCAUGUAGCACUUUCAACCAUGAUGGUUCAAUUUUUGCUUAUGCUGUCUGCUACGACUGGAGCAAAGGUGCUGAAAACCACAAUCCAGCUACGGCAAAAACAUACAUCUACCUUCACAAUCCACAGGAAUCAGAAGUGAAAGCAAAACCACGCCUUGGAACUGGAAGCCGUAAGUAAAUGUACAACAUUCAGGGGCUGAACCGUCUCUCUACGGCCCAGUAUUGUCUUGCAGUAACUCUGUAUUUUUUAUGCUAAAAAAAAUGUGAAUCUGAGCAUUCUUAUACUGUUUGAGAACAGAGAAAGUUGUUUGUUUCUUGUUAGCUUUUUUUUUUUUAAUGCUAAAAAAAAUGUGAAUCUGAGCUUUCUUAUUCUGUUUGAGAACAGGGAAAGUUGUUUGUUUCUUAGGUUUUUUUCUCCAUGUAGCUGAUAAUUUGUUCGUUUGAUUGCAUCUGUGCAGUUUCAAAUUCAGAACUUUUGGCUAUUAGAGUUCAAUGUACUUGUGGCAGGAAGUUAGCAUAACCGUUAUAAAAUAACCAAAUUUUAAGAAAUAAAAGCUCUAUAUCGUUAGCCACUCUAAUUAUUAUUAUUCCAUGAAAUAAAAAUUCUCGAAUGGACCUAUCUGAAAAUUUGCAUCCUGUCUGUCGGCCAGUCCCAUCGUCUCUGCGCAUAAAUUUUUUGAAGUAGUUUAAUAAUUUUGAAAUUUUAAGAGGCAAUAAUUUAGAAAGAAUUUUAUUAUAGAAUGUUAGAAGUAAUUUUCUUGAAAGUUAACUUUGCACCUCUGGCUCCAACUUUUUUUUAUAAUUUUUAAAUUCUAAUCCAAACAUCCACACCACUCUCCGCACUGUCGGGCAGGGGAAAAAAAAAAUCUUUUUCAUCUCCUCGGCGGCGCGCGUGGCUUCUCUUCGCCAUCCGAUGGAAGAGGAGAAAUCGAUGGCGAGAAGCUCCUGCCCUUCCUCGCGGUGGCGGUGCUGCUGCCAGAGCUGGGUCGAUCCAAUGGAAGAGGAGGUAACCUCCUUCCGUAUUUUCCCUUCGUUUCGCCACUCAUUUUUGUUUUUUUCCGAAAAAUUCAUGUUGCUUGCGCGAGCUCCGGCCAAUGUGGUGUUGGAGAGCAAGCAGAUUUGAAAUUAUUCACGAGAAUAUUGGGGAUCGAGCCCUUUUGUUCUAUAGAUGCAGCAUUUCUACGCUAUCUUGAGUACAUACUUUUUGGGCUCUUUAUCUCCCACAGGAAGGAAGCUUGCUCUCCGAAAUGGAGCCCCAGAGUAGAAGCCAAGAAGCCAAAUUAGUUAGCUUUUGUAAGGAGAUUAUUGUAGCCAGAAGUACCAUUGAAGAUGAUUCGAUUGUGGGACAUGAACUUUUUAUAGCAAACAGGAGUCGAGAAGCAGAAUCGAUCGGUUUUUCCAAGGAGAUGACUGCAACCAACAAAACAAGGGCAUGCCAAGACCCGCCAACUGAAAUGCAUCAAAUUGGAGAUCAGGGUACACGAACUGCGAAAUCACGGCUGCUUAUGAUCUGUGCUGCAAAUUCCUGGAAACACCCAUCAUUUAUUUUGUGCGAGGAAGGACCUGAACAACAAAAAAGGCAGAUUCUCGUGUAAGAUCAUUCUGGAGGUAGACACAAUCACAAUCACUAUAUUGGAGUGCUUCAGUGAAUCACAACCUCAUGAACAAGAGGCCGAAGAGCAAGCCGCAGAAGGAGCACUAUGGUUUCUCAAUCGCUUGGGACAUACUUAAAGCGGUUGUCGACAAUAUCACUCAGAUUCUCAUCUACUCAUUUUGUCAUCAUUCUAACUUAUUUGACAAAGGGAGCUGAAAAGAGAAGCCUUUUGCUACCAUUGAUUGUGGUAUUUCUUUCUCAAGAGAAAAAAGGUUCCACCAUUGUUGUCUAUGACGCACAAGGAGCUCCGAGCUGAAAAAUCUAAACCGCCAUUAGAGUAGCAGCUCGGAACUAGUCUUAACAACAAUUCGCUUGGGAGAAUGUAAAUAAACACCCUUUGUUUUCUGAAUCAUGAAUCUCUUCAGGUCCAAGCUUUUGUAUCGAAUGCUCUUUAUUUGAAAUCUUUACACCAUGUUGCUGCUGAA